AUGUACACCAGCAAGUCUUCCUGGUUAGAGCACGAGUCGAACAGCCAUCGGAGGGUCUGGCGUUGUUUUGAGCACAAGGAUUUGUUUAAAUCGCGACAUGCCUUAAUCAGUCACUAUGAACACGCACAUUCGAACCUCAGCAAGGUGCAGAUGCAGAGCAUGUCUGAGCUUGCCGGCGUCGGCACCAAGGAUGAACGGGUAUUUUGCCCAUUUUGCCAGUCUUCGGGGCCGUUUGAGAUGACGCUCGCGGAUCAUAUGGCACUUCAUAUGGAGAGACUCGCAACCUUUGCAGCACCGAGGAAGUCGAGUGAAAGGGAUCAUGACUCGGUUCAUCGAAGUAACUCUACAGCUGCCAAUGGUGCUCGUUCCAUGUCAUCCCUCAGAUCUGUCAGCCUCAAUUUCUCCGUGGCCGAGUCUCGCGAAGACGACGUCCUCAAGCACGAGGAUGAUGGCGAGAAGUUGGAUGAUCGAGAACAGCGCUCGUUACAAGCAGCUAAGGCAGACGAAGACGCGCACAAAAAGCUGAUUGCGCAGAAGCUUCCGAACUCUUGUGGCUGGUUUUUCGAUUCGCCCGAGUUUUUCACUUGGCUGAACUACGCCGGACAGAACCUUUUUGCCUACGGGCCACCAGGCGCGGGUAAAUCUGUCUUAUCAUCGGCUGUUGUCGAGUUCCUCCAACAAGAAAUUCUCGUCAGUAAAGAUGUUUACAUCGUUGUCAUAUUUGGCGAGGCACACGAGGAAGAAACAUCCAAGGGCAUAUAUAAAGGGCUCUACUGGAGCAUUCUUAAACAGCUUGACUGGGCCUCUUGGGCCCAGAACAUCGGCAAGGAUCUCCUAGACCACCGCAAGGACAAAGACUGGCCAGACCUGGAUACAGUAUUCAAUGCUCUUAUUGAAGCGUCUAAAAGGUCACCAAGGGUAUUCGUCAUCCUCGAUGGCAUCGAAUCGAUGGGCUCUCUUCGCAGUCUCUACUCUAGAUUCAGCGCAUCGCGUGUGAACUUCCUAAUCACUUCGACACACAAAAUACCAAUCAAGGGGAACAAUACCAUUAGUCUGGAAGUCCGGGCUUCUGAUGACGAUAUAUUGAACUAUGCUAAGAGCUUAAUGGAAGCCGAGGGGUUGCUGGUUGAAGUGGUCUUAGGGAUGGAAGACCCAAUUGUAGGAUUCUCGCAGGGCAUGUAA